UCUCUCUCUCUCUCUCUCUCUCUCCGUUUAAAGCUUUCAAACUCCAUGUGAGUUUCUAGCUCCAUUCUCUAUCUCUAUCUCUCUGACGACCGGCUCGUCGGAGAAGUUGUUUCCGGCAGCCUCAUGUGAAACUUCCCUACUUACUGUUUGCUUCUUCUUCCACUAACUACAAAACUCGCAUUCCUAACAUAUCCUUGCACCGGCAUAAUCUCGCCGGAAAACAACUGAUUUCCACCGGAGUUGUCAUUUUCCGGCUUAUUUUAAACGGAAUCCAUAACCCCUCAAAUGGGUUGAUGUGAUUCUUUCCCUUCUUUCCCAUUCUCCUGUUCUUCACUUGCACCUCAUUUCCUUCUCUGGCCUUCUCGCCGGAAAACCGCCCUGUUCUCUCCUUGCCGGUUUUCUGGCCAUUUCUCACCGGAAAAUUUUCUCUUCUUGAAGAAGAAAGAAACCCAUCAUCUGGGUUCUUCUAUUCACCUCUUUUGCUCACUUGGGGUUUCUUCCUCUGUUUUCUUCAAAAUCAACUGCCCUUUCCAAUCUGUUCUGAAAAAUCUCUCUUGUAGAUUUUUCCUCCUCACCUCAUUCCCUCACUUGAGUGUUAGUCCAAAUUCUCAAAAAAAAAAAAAAAAAAAAAAGGGUUAACUGGUUUUUUCUUCCGAUACUUGAAGAAAAUCGUCAAAACCAGCACUUUCCUUCUCUUCUUUGAAUUCCCCAUCCGGGUUUUCUCCUUCACCCCAUUUCCUCACUUGGGUCUCCUUCAAGUUCCCCAAACUCAAUCCCAACCGUCGGAUAUCCGAAGGAUUCUUGAAGAUGAUAACCGGCUCCGACCUCUACCACGUCCUCACCGCUGUCGUCCCACUCUACGUGGCGAUGAUCCUUGCCUACGGCUCCGUGAAAUGGUGGAAGAUCUUCACACCCGAUCAAUGCUCCGGCAUCAACCGUUUCGUCGCCCUCUUCGCAGUCCCGCUCCUCUCCUUCCACUUCAUCUCCACAAACAACCCUUACGCCAUGAACUUACGAUUCAUCGCGGCAGACACUCUUCAGAAGAUCAUGGUCUUAGUUGUUCUUGCAAUCUGGACUAAGACCAGCUCAAGAGGCUGCCUUGAAUGGACAAUUACACUCUUUUCUCUCUCAACGCUCCCAAACACUCUCGUCAUGGGAAUUCCCUUGUUGAAGGGAAUGUACGGCGCAGAUUCAGGCAGUUUGAUGGUUCAGAUCGUCGUCCUCCAAUGCAUUAUCUGGUAUACUUUGAUGCUGUUCCUGUUUGAAUACAGAGGCGCAAGAUUGCUGAUAGUAGAGCAGUUUCCAGACACCGCCGGUUCGAUCAUUUCCUUCAGAGUCGAUUCUGAUAUCAUUUCGUUGGAUGGGAAGGAGCCUCUCCAAACAGAAGCUGAAAUCGGCGAAGAUGGGAAGCUUCAUGUGACAGUCCGGAAAUCGACAAGCUCACGGUCGGAAAUCUUCUCGCGGCGAUCUCACGGUCUCAAUUCAGGUGUCUCUCUAACGCCUCGCCCGUCGAAUCUCACAAAUGCUGAAAUAUACUCACUGCAAUCGUCGAGGAAUCCGACGCCAAGGGGUUCGAGCUUCAACCACACGGAUUUCUAUUCGAUGGUGAAUGGGAGGAAUACGAGCAAUGUGAGCCCACGACAGUCGAAUUUCGGGGCGAAUUUGGGCUAUGAUGAAGAGAGCGGGCGGGCGGCGAACGGGGUCUAUCAGCCCAGCAAUGCAGUGCAGGGGAGCGGCUACCCCGUGCCGCCGAGCGCAGGGAUAUUUUCGCCAGUGGCGCCUGCUGGGGCGAAGAAGAAGGUGAAUGGCAAUGAGGGUGGUGGGAAGGAUCUUCACAUGUUUGUGUGGAGCUCGAGUGCAUCGCCAGUCUCCGAAGGUGGAAUUCAUGUGUUUAGAGGAGGAGAACUUGGGAAUGAUCAGCAGCAUCCUCAGCAGCAGCUGGGUGGGGUACCUCAUUCAGCUGAUCAUCACCAUUCAAAAGAUUGUAACCAUGAUGCCUAUGAUGAGUACGGUCGCGACGAUUUCAGCUUUGGAAACAGGACCGUGGGCCGGGGUGGUGAGUCUCUUCAUAAAGACCACGAUGGCCCAAGCCUCUCGAAGCUUGGGUCGAGCUCCACUGCAGAGCUUCACCCAAAGAGUGGGGCCCAUGUGGACACAAAGCCCACCUCGAUGCCGCCUGCCAGCGUGAUGACCCGGCUCAUCCUGAUCAUGGUCUGGAGGAAGCUCAUCAGGAACCCAAACACUUACUCGAGCCUCAUUGGCCUAAUUUGGUCUCUAGUUUCUUACAAAUGGGGGAUUGUAAUGCCUGCGAUUGUGGCCCGCUCGAUAGCGAUUCUCUCUGAUGCGGGUCUUGGAAUGGCCAUGUUCAGUCUCGGUUUGUUCAUGGCACUACAGCCGCGUAUAAUUGCAUGUGGGAAUUCGGUUGCGGCCUUUGCCAUGGCCGUCAGAUUCCUCACGGGCCCAGCAGUAAUGGCCGCAGCCUCGAUUGCUGUUGGAUUGCGUGGGGUUCUCUUACACAUUGCCAUUGUUCAGGCUGCUCUUCCUCAAGGAAUCGUUCCUUUUGUCUUUGCUAAGGAAUACAAUGUGCAUCCUGACAUACUGAGCACUGGAGUUAUAUUUGGGAUGUUAAUAGCACUCCCCAUCACUCUAGUUUACUACAUUUUACUGGGACUGAAAGGCUGAAGAAAGAGAGAAAAAUCAACCAAUCCAAGGUGAAAAAACAAAAAUCAUCUGUAAUUUCUACCCUUUUGAUGGAUUUUGGGCUUUGAUCUGACUGAAUUUUGUGAAAUUAAUUAGAGGAGAAUGAAAGCCCUUUCUAAGAAAAAAAAGAAAAAAAAAGAAAAAAUCAGAAAUGAUAGUAGGGAGGAGAGUAAGAGAGAAAAGAAAAAUGACCGUUGGGAGUAGAUUUUUGAAAUUCUCACCCUCUUUUUUGAGAAAGAAAAAGAUCCAAAUGUUUGUAGUUGACAGAUUCCCGGUCCUUGAAAGUGAAAAUGGGCGAUGUGGGAACUUGACUUUUUUGCCCUUUUUUUUUUUUUUUUUUUUAAUUAAAGUGAUUGUGCCACGUGUCUUAUGAUAAA